AUGACUCGUCACAGGGACACUGGAGGACGUGGCGAAGCAGGCGGCGCGAUGUCGUGUGCCGGCUGCGAGAAGCAUCUGGACAAGUUCCUACUGCACGUGCUCGAGCGCGCGUGGCACGCGGCGUGCGUGCGCUGCGCCGACUGCCGCGCGCCGCUCGCCGAUAAGUGCUACUCCAGGGACAACAAGCUAUUCUGCAGGAAUGACUUCUUCAGGCGAUAUGGAACCAAGUGCAGUGGUUGCGGACACGGAAUAUCCCCCUCAGACCUGGUUCGCAAAGCGAGAGAAAAAGUCUUCCAUCUUAACUGUUUCACCUGCCUCGUCUGCAGAAAGCAGCUUUCCACCGGCGAGGAAUUAUACGUCCUUGAUGACAACAAGUUUAUCUGUAAGGAGGACUACCUGGCUGGAAAGACGCCGACGACGCAGCAUUCGGACUCCCUCCUAGGCUCAGGAUCAGACGACGAAGAGGAAGAUGAAUCCCGCGCAGCGAACAACUCUAGCAGUCCCGCGCAUGCGCCGCAUCCCGCGCUACAUUCUGAGCUCUCGCAUAAUGGGGACGCGAAGCCUCAUGACGACUCGGAGGACCAGGGCUCGCUGGAUGGAGACGCGGAGACGGACUCCCAGGCCGAGAACAAGUCCCCGGACGACGGCAACGGGGGCUCGAAGCGGAGAGGCCCUAGGACGACGAUCAAGGCGAAGCAGCUGGAGAUCUUGAAGUCGGCGUUUUCACAGACGCCGAAGCCGACGAGACAUAUACGGGAACAGUUGGCGAAGGAGACGGGGCUUCCGAUGAGGGUUAUACAGGUGUGGUUCCAGAACAAGCGAUCAAAAGAGCGCCGCUUAAAGCAACUCACGUCCAUGGGGCGAGGCCCCUUCUUCGGCUCCUCCCGCAAGAUGCGGGGCUUCCCCAUGAACCUGUCCCCAGGCGGCCUGGACGAGGGCCCCCCAGGGUUCCCCUACUUCGCGACGGCGGACGGGAAGUUCGAGUUCGGAUACGGGCCCCCGUUCCAUCAUGAUGCCCCGUUCUUCCAUCCGCCGCCGGCUAUGCCGUUUAAUCAGCCAGGUCGUUUCGCAGGCGGGAUGGAGUCGCUCCCCGGCGAGUUCCCCGAGCAGUUCCCGCCGCCGGACCACCUCGUCCUCCCCCGGCCCUCCUCCCCCGAGUUCACCUUCGGGGACGCCCCACCCCCCCUCCAUCCUGAGGGCCUGGUCUGGUAGCUGAAGCCGGAGCCGCGGGACUACCACGACUGAUGCGGCUCGGCGGGCUACAAAGUGGACUUUAACAGUGUCAUUCAAUAACGCUGUGACGGACAAGUGAAAGUGUACAGAGUUUUAUAUUGAUAGUAAUUUAUUAAGUUAUCAAAUAAUUUAUUUACAGUGUAAGAUUUUGGUUCCUAUUUUAAGAUAGAAGUGGCAAUUUAUCAUUAUUUUAUGGAAAAGCGUCCGAUCGGGAGGUUUUCGAUCGCAAAAUUCUUGUGUUAAUUACGAGCCCCAGCAUGCGUGGCUCAUUCGUCUCAAUUAGUCAAAAGAAAAAUUAAUUUUCACGUUUCACGAUAUUCCAGGAAUUAUACGAUUUGAUGGAUCUUACCAUCGGCCGCUGGCAUAUGUAUUUAUUUUAAAUUUAGUGUAAAUGGGGUCUUAGUUAGGGUGACCACAAACGAGACUACAGGAGGACAUUUCCGAUAUAAAUUUAAGGUUUUGUAAAUAUAAUGUAAGUUGUACAUAGAUUAUUGCUGGACAAGUCUGUACUAUAUUAAAUUUAUUAUGUACUAAGUGGUAGUUACUUGAUAAUAAGUUCUGGUGAAAUAUAAUUCCUUUUUAUUCCUGCUUCUCUUAUAUGGGUUUUAAAUAUUUACAAUUUCCUACACUUUAAUUAUUUAGGAAAAAUUGCAUUUCUUUUAAGCGAAUUUAACUAUCCGUUAAUUAUUUUAUUAUUUUUACCCUUAGGUAAAAAUUAAAAAGUAGGUAGCCACGCACCUAUUUUAAAAUUGUGAAACUUUUUAUGGAAUUAUAUCGCUAGGUACAAAUUUUAAAACAAGACAAGGAACUUAAGGGCUGGUAUGGCAAUUUUAUACCUCCUUUAUUGAUGGUAUAUAAAACAUGAAUUUGUAUUUUAUACAAAUAUUACCUGGUUUGUGAUAUGACAUUUUACUAUAAAAUUGGUUAACUCAUGAUUACACUAGACAGUGACUCUUAUCUUUUACCAUUUUAACAUUGUGAACUAUUUCAAUAUCUACUUGCCUCGUGUAAUCGUGCCUUAAGCAAAUUACCGCGCUCACGUUCCAUUUCAUAUCCUUCAACGCAAUGAGCUUAUUUCUACAAUUAUCUAAAGUGUCAUAAUACAAACUAAGGCGUUUCAUAAAAGGGAACAUAAACACACCAUAAAAAAAUCUUAUUAUGUUUCGAGACACGAGUCUGCAACAGUUUCAAAAUGUAAUUAGUGUAAAUACGUCGGUGUUAAAUAAAUCACGCUGUCGUGAACUACUUAUGUAUAUAAAUUACCAGCGCUGUUUAAAAUUAAUUUACAUUGACUUAUGUAAAUAUAAGUAAAGUGAUUCAUGAUCAUUUGCUAGUUAUUUUACCUAUUUUACUUCACAUUUCAACGUUUUUCAAUUGUAACAUGUAAUUGUACAUGUGAAAGUGGAGCAAAUAAACUUUAUUUAAUACAACGGGGAAACACAAACUGUCUAUUUAUUUAUUUAGUCGUAUGGCAUCAAUUGGAAUUUAGUCGUCGCUUUACAGGUUAAUAUCUGGGGCCCAUUUCUCAAAACUGACAGUUACAAGUUACAAGCGAAAGUCCUUUUCCAACUUGUAAUAUUAGACAUUGACUACCACUUGUAAAUUGUACCUUGUAGCUUCUAGAGGUAGAAAUGGGCCCCAAUUCUUCACCCAGUCGGCUGCGUAUUUACUUAGUUUAUGUAAGUACGAGUAGUAAAAUGUCUAUAAAGGAGUGAAAUAUUUUCAAGUUCAAGCAAUCUACUGGGUGACAGAACUGUCCGGCAUUUGUGAUUUAUGUCAUGCCCUGUUUAUUGAAGCACAGUUGAGUAAGGUCUGGAGGAAUAUAAACACAGCAUAGUCACCCUUACCAUAUGUACACUGACUUAUUCGCUAGCGACGGCUUAAACAACUGAUAUUGAUGUAGGUAAGCGAUUUGCUUGAUUUGAUACAGUUGCUAGCUUUUAAAGCGAUAUAAAAACUUUUCAUACAGAUAGGUACAUGUAUUAUCAAAAUUACAUGUUACAUGAUUAAGUUGAAAUAAAUAAAUAAAUAGGACAUUCUUACACAGAUUGACUGAGGCCCAGGGUAAGCUCAAGAAGGCUUGUGUUGCAGGUACUCAGACAACGAUAUAUAUAAUAUUAUACAAAUACUUAUAUACAUAGAAAACAUCAUGACUCAGGAACAAAUAUAUGUGCUCAUCACACAAAAAAUGCCCUUACCAGGAUUCGAACCCGGGACCGCGGCGUAGCAGGCAGGGCAAGAUUAUGAAUCCCAUGUAACUUUGUUUACAUAUACGAAACAAGUUUGUUUAUUGUAUUAAGUAGUUUACACGUUACUUUGAAAUAUAAGAUUGGUACGCAUUGACUGGCAAUUGGCAUCUAAAACUGAUUUGUAUAGUUUUUCACAUUUCUUAAAAGUCGUGAAAUCAAGGUAUUCCCUUAUAUUUUAAAGUGUGUUUAAUGUACAUUUAAAUUUUACAAAUACAAAAUUUACAAAAUUUAAAAUUACAAAUACUUCAUUCAGUUACUAUAAUAAGCUCAUAAGUGCAUAGACUCGAGUCUCGAAACAUAACGCAAGUGUAUGUACUCUAGUGUAAGUGUUAAUAUUCAGUACAUACUGUUGUCUAUCUGUAUUAGUGCAUAACAAAGUACAUAAUGGAAUUGUCUGUAAGAAUAAAAUCUAUUUGAAAA